GAAUUGACCGAGGGAGGGUGCGCGUGCCGGCUUGUGUUUUUUUUCAGGUCACGCUGCGAUCACGUGAUAGGAAGUAGUGUCCUGUCCGAAGUGGCGGUUACUUCCGUCUAUUUCUCUCCCUGCCCCCCAUCCCUUGUUCCUGUUGCUGAGGGGAGGCUGAGGCCUUUGGGCAGGCAGUGGCCCAUCAGCCCCCCUGCAACCCCCACUGCAGAUGAGCCAUUGAGAGAGUCACGGAUGACACGUCUGCACGCCGAGAGCCAACCCUUUCACCCUCCUGCCUGAGGAUGAGCAAGCUGUGGGGCUUGCAGAACGGUGACCUGGAGCAGAGUCUUCCCGCCAUUGCAUCCUCUCUUUCCCACAGCCUCUCCCCGCACCACUUCUUCUCUCCCGAGAGGAGGCGAGCCAUUUCUGACGUGCGUCGGACCUUCUGCCUCUUUGUGACCUUCGAUCUUCUCUUCGUCUCGCUCCUCUGGAUAAUUGAACUGAACGCAACCAAAAGCAUCCAGGAGAGUCUGAAGUAUGAAAUCAUCGAGUACAACUUUAAAACGUCCUUUUUUGACAUAUUUCUCUUGGCUUUCUUCCGGUUUUCGGUGCUGCUCCUGGGAUAUGCUGUCCUCAAGCUCCGCCACUGGUGGGUCAUUGCGAUCACUACAUUGGUGUCCAGUGCCUUCCUGAUUGUGAAAGUUAUCCUUUCGGAUCUGCUGAACAAAGGGGCUUUUGGCUAUCUGCUGCCCAUCAUUUCCUUUGUCCUUGCCUGGCUGGAAACGUGGUUUCUGGAUUUUAAAGUCUUGCCCCAAGAGGCUGAGGAAGAGCAAUGGUACCUGGCAGCUCAAGCUGCUGUGGCCCGAGGACCCCGCCUUUAUUCAGGGGCGCUUUCAGAUGGCCAGUUCUACUCCCCUCCAGAAUCCGUUGCAGGAUCAGAUGACUCGGAUGAUGAACUUUUGGGAAAGAGGACAUUAACCGACCAGGAAAGAGAAUACAUACAACAAGGCAAAGCAGCAAUGGAGGUGGUCGACCAGAUCUUAGCCCAAGAGGAGAACUGGACAUUUGAGAGAUGCAGUGAGUUUGGCGACACAGUUCACUCUCUGGAAAUGCCGUAUUACGGCAAGGUGUUUAUCCUGAAGGCAAUUCUACAGUGUCCUGCCGAGAUAGUUUACCAGGAGAUGAUUCUUCAGCCGGAGAAGAUGGUCCUGUGGAAUAAAACCUUGUUAGCAUGCCAGAUCUUGCAACGGAUUGAUGACAACACAACUGUAUCCUACGAUGUGGCAGCUGGUGCUGCUGCUGGCGUUGUGUCACCCAGGGACUUCAUAAAUGUGCGUCGGAUUGAGAGGAGGAGAGACCGGUACAUUUCAUCAGGGAUGGCAACAGUUCACAGCGCACGUCCCCCUACUUCCAAAUAUGUCAGAGCGGAAAAUGGUCCAGGUGGUUUCGUUGCUCUGAAAUGUCCCACUAAUCCGAACCUCUGUACCUUGUUCUGGAUACUCAAUACAGACCUCAAGGGCCGGCUUCCCCGCUACCUCAUCAACCAAAGCUUGAGCGCCACCAUGACGGAAUUUGUUUUCCACCUGCGCAAACGUGUUAUGGAGGUCAUGGCGAGGUCUUAGGUUCUUGGAACUCCUUGCUCUGAUGUUGCCUUUUGAGCGUGCUCAAACCCAACAAGGUCCAAAGAACUGGAGUAUCUUUCUUCUUCUUCUUCUUCUUCUUCUUCUCCUCUCUUCCUGCCAGAGAACAAAGACAAAAUCUCUCAGCUGACGUUCUGGAUCAGGCUGAAGAGCCUCUCCUUGUGUCUUCAGGUUGUCAGCCAGGUAAAGGGCUGAAGGUGAUGACCAAAUGGCAAGAGGGAGGUCGAGACAAAGUAGGUGGUCCGUGCCCAAGCUAGUUGGUGAGAAGCACCAAGGUGGUUUCUUCAAGCCUUUCACCGAUGAUCAAAGUUAACAUUGCUACUAGAACUUGAGCCAUGUAUGGAUUCCGAUGUGCCAAAUUCCUUCAUGAUCAUGCUUCCAGAAUCUGCUAAGUGCUUACCUGUAUAGCCCCCUUCCUUUCUCCCUGGGUGUAAUCAUGAUUUGUGCGUCCAUGAACUUAUCCAGUUGCCUUCCAUGGCGGAACAGAAGUGCACCACCAGAUAACCUGCACACACAGUCGCACGGCUGAAGUGCAGCAGGUUAAGCCAGAAAGUGUCCCAGGCACUGCUACUGGUCGUCCACCUUUCGGCAUAGCUGUGACGGCGUCACCAGGUUUUACUGCCCGAAUGUUUGGAUGAAAUUUGCCUAUUGUAUGCUUGGUAAUGGCCAGAGAGAACGAAAUCUCCUGCCCCCUGUCAAGUACCUGGUCUUCAGCGGUGCACCAAAACUGACACCUUGGCUUGAAAGCAUUGCUGUUCCCAGUUCCGUGUUGCUUUAUUUUCCAGUUUCUCCUCCUACCCAUGAGUAGCAAAGACUCUAAAAUAAGCUUCCGUAGACUAAACUGACCCAGUGGUUGGUUGGUGGUUCCUGGGUUUGAUUGUGGCCUCAUCAUUCUGGAGUAGGCUUCAAAUGUUAGUAAUGGAGGCCAAGAUCUAUAAUCGGUUCUAUUGACUUGUUAAUAUAGAGAGAGGCCAGAGCCCUUAUCUGCCACUCCAGUGUGUGUGUGUGUGUGUGUGUGUGUGUGUGUAGUAGUAGUAGUAGAGGAGCAUCCUUGGAAACGUCCUGCCUGGUGCCUAUCGGAGCUAAGCAUUGAAAGCAGCCUGUUGUUUCAUGAAGCAUGAGCUGGGUUUGCCAUAGAAGUGAGACUAGUAUAGACCUAUCACCAGAGCAGAUGUUUAUAUUAACCUCCUUCCUUCGCUCCCCAAAGUCCUUAAGUUGCCUUCCUCUGCUCUCCUGCAUUCACUGUUGAUAACCAGUAUUCUCCAGGUGAAAAACUACGUGGCUCAUGAAUCAAUCUUCAGAGCCUUGAGUUCUGUGUCUCUCUCCCCAUACCCCGCCUUGUUUGGGUGUAGAAAGCUGGAGAUGUGGUGGACAUAACAUCUACAGGCCUUUUGGUCUGCCAUUGACUGAAUUUGCCUUGAGUGGAAUCGACAUUUCUAAUCCCUUCAGAAGAUCAGCUUUGUGACACAGGAGGGUGGGGCAGAAGUGAAAUGCCUUUGCUUCAACAUAAUAAGUGCAAUAAUCCUGGCACAGAGCUAACACGCAACUUACCAGAAGUGUCCAAAGUUCUUGGCCUCAAAUGUCAACUGUUGUCCAAAGCCAUUUGGGUUAAACCGCACUGACUCCUGUGAUUCUCCACUUCAGCGGGACAACUUUCAGCAGAAGUAGUAUGGGGGAUUGCACAGAGAUUGCAGCCUUAAGGUAGAUAUUUUGUGUUCUCUCCCAUCCCACUGCAAUCUGGCUUGUAUGUGUGGGAGAUGACUUCUCAAGCAAUUCCUGCACUUUUAAAGGCUCUUGAAUCAGAAUUAGUCUUGUAGCGAGAGUCACGCAUGGCUGCUUGCUCGCUCAGUGCAUUUUAAGACCCCAAGGCAGGACUUGAGGUCAAAAGGUUGAAAUGAAAGCAAAUAAAUAUAUUCUGCACUGGAUUUAUUGGGGGAGUAAACUGCACACCUGGCUUACACAACAACGGGGCAACUAGCAUGUGUGCCAGACCUGUUCUUGCAGGCGUAUUUUCAGCAGUUGAGCCCCCCCCCCCAUACUUUUGUAUACUGGUUUCUCCCCUUUGCCUUGCCUCUGUUUGUGUGUUUUGUGCAGUGGGUGGAACUUGUAGGAAGUCCUGUCCCCUCCAUCUGAUACCUUUGUCGGAAUAGGGAGGCUUGUAAGAAGCUUUUCCUAUUGCGGGGUGGGAUGAGUUUCCAGACACCACGAUAGGCUUCCAGGGAUGAAAAAGAGGCUCGCCAUCCAGGGAAGUUGUCCGAAGUGACUUGCUUUACAAUAUUUCUGCAUUUUUUGCCAGCAUCGGAGAUUUGCCCGAGUUCCCGUUUCUAAGAAUCGGCUAUUAAUCUUAUUAAAGCGCCUUGGGUUGUUCGUAAGCAUUUCAAAUGGACUGUGAAAAGGGAGGCUUACAGACUUCGUGAAUCUAAUGCACAGAAACUGUUUUCUUUUAUGUGUGCAUGGGGAGUGGACCUGCACACCUCAUUUAAAAAGCCACUUGAAUAACACAUAUGCCUUUUGCAUUGAUUCUUUGUUACUUGAUCUAAUAAAAUCUAGUGACAACUUU